GAAUCUUAAAUGUGGGGUAUCGAUUUCAGUGAUACUGCGAGGAAAGUAAUAAUAAGGCUGAGACAUGAGGUGGUGUCGGGCUCAGAGCCGUGGUGUGAGGACUUCGAGAGAGGGAGGAGACGCGUCCUGCCACGAGCGGCCAUUUUGUGACUGCCGUCACGGAGUCACGGCCCUUCUACUCCACGCGUCUCCGCCGCCUCCAAUCCGUGUCCCGAGGUGGCAGUCACACCCGCUCGCCGCCUGGGCCCGGCGUGCCCGCCGCGGGCUCUCCAUCACUCUGACAGCUUCGGCUGUCCUCAGCCUUUUGGCACUCUCCCUCCCUCCCCCUUUUUCUAAGCCCGUCCAGGCCCGUGACCCGUUUCCCGGCGCCGAGCUGUUCAGCCGCCGCGGGGCCCGAGCAGAGCGGUCUCGCCUCGGCAGGUGGUUUCCAGCAGUGCUCCGCGGGCCCCCUGCGGUCAGCGGGGAUACUGCCCGGCCCCGCACGUGCCCCUUCCGUGCACGGUGCUCCUUCGUCUUCGAGAAUUUUCUGCGUAAUGAGGCCCCGGUUGGGGCGAAGCCUGGCGUCGCCGGAUCCGGGUACAGUUCUGUCUGUAAAUGCGGAAGCCCAGUGUGCAAGUAUCUCAGAGGAUAAUACCCGUUUGUCAACAGCCUGUCAAGGAUAUGUUUUACCAGAAGGAAAAAUCAUGCCAAAUACAGUCUUUGUUGGUGGAAUUGAUAUAAGGAUGAAUGAAGCAGAAAUUCGGAGUUACUUUGAACAGUAUGGUACUGUGAAAGAGGUGAAAAUAAUCACUGACAGAACUGGUGUUUCCAAAGGGUAUGGAUUUGUAUCAUUCCUGGACAAUGUGGAUGUUCAAAAAAUAGUAGAGUCACAAAUCAGUGUCCAUGGCAAAAGGCUGAAACUGGGGCCAGCAAUUAGAAAACAACAAAACUUGUGUUCUUAUGUGCAGCCUAGACCAUUGGCUUUCAAUCCUCCUGCACCACAAUUCCACAGUGUAUGGAGUAAUCAAAAUACAGAGACCUACGUGCAGCCUCAAGCUGUGGUGAGCCCACUAACUCAGUAUGUACAGACAUAUGCGUACAGUUCACCAGCUUUAUUGAUACAGCAGCAAGUUCCUGUAGGAUAUCAGCCAGCAUACAACUAUCAGGCUCCACCACAAUGGGUUCCUGGGGAGCAAAGAAACUAUGUUAUGCCUCCGGUUUAUACUUCAGUAAACUAUCACUACAGUGAGGAUCCGGAGUUUAUACAGACAGAAUGUGCUGCUCCAGAGCCCACACAGUCGUCUGGUAAUAGUCCACAAAAAAAGUCUGUGGACAGGAGCAUACAAACAGUAGUAUCUUGUCUGUUUAAUCCUGAGAACCGUCUGAGGAACACCUUUGUGUCACAAGAAGACUACUUCAGGGAGAGGAGGGCGCAUCACUUCAGAAAAGGAAGAGCAGUGCUCAAAAGUGUUUGAUCAACAAAGACUUUGAAGUACAUAAAUGUAUUACCUUGAUGUUCCUACAGUUCAGUUUAGUAAGAUGUGUAGUAAAAGUGUAACCUUUUUCAAAAAGUUGCUUCAAGUUGAAGUUUGUGUUCCUGUUUUACCUGUUCCAAAGUAGCUAUUUUUUGCUUGAGAAGUUUGGAGUUGUAAGAGUUGAAAUAUUUCCAGGUUUUAUUACUAGCUUGCAUGCUUUUCCCACUAACUAACUGGAAUGCCAAUCUUUCGGAAUUUAUCUGGGGAAGGGGAAAAAAGAAAAACACUCUUGGUUUGUUUGGUACAUGUGGAUUUUCUUCUGAGCUUUAAGGUACAGUUUGUUGCAUGUUAAAAUUUAGUUCUUAUUAAACCACAAUUUUAAGUUACUAACGUCAACCAGUUACCUCUUGCAGUUCAAAAGUUGAAGCAGUUCCUUGUCCAAGAUGGAGUAUUUUAAAACUGAGCUCUUAAUCAGUGGAACAGAAGACAUCAAGGUGUAACUCAACUGAAGCCCUUUAAGUCCUGGUUCUCUUUAGGCUACCUAAUCAAUGUCUUUGUUUGCUAAUGACAGUUUAUCUACGUGAAUCCUAAAAUUCCUGUAUGUAACUUAAGAUGCAAGAAUGUAAUUAGUUAUAUUGGCUGCUUAGUGGAGUAUGCGUUUUUUUUUUACUGGAUUAAUUUUAGCAAUACCUGUAUCUUAAAAUUGUGAGAAAAUACUGCAUUUAAAAUAUGCCUAACUUUGUGAUGCAAUCUGUUAAUCAAAGAAUACAUGUAAGCAUAUUUUAAUAAUAAUUAUGUAGAUUUUAGUCAUGUAUUUUGAAACAAUUA